UGGGGGCCAGGAUGGAGCCUGCAACUGAGGUAUGUGCUCUUUACAGGAAUCGAACCAGGGAUCCUUCAGGGACCCCGAGCAACUGGCUGGGGCAGAAUGGCAGUUCCAAAGUGUCUAUGUAAGAAGAUGGGGCUGGGAGGGCACUCAGUCUUCAGGUUAUAUUGCAGAAGCAUGUGCUGCCUAACCAAAGGAGGAGGUUGCAGAUGAGAUUAUGGGACGUCUAAGUCCUAGGUCCUUCUCCACUGCUCUGGUGCACAGCCUUGCGGCAUUGCAGGCUGCACCUCUGGAGCCCACUGCCUGCCCCAUCUGGCUUGGCCAAACCUAACAAGGGAGAGGAUGUGUAUGGAAAAGAACAGAGAAAAUAGAAAAAAAUCACCAAGACCAAUGUUAGGGAGCACGAGUAAUUUUAAUAGCAACCCACCCAAGGAAAGCAUAAUGGUUACCGACAUGUGAAACAAGCCCUUCACCCUCCCUCUCCAGCAAGCAUUCCUCAGCUGUGGCCGCUCCCGGAACUGCGCAUGCCCAGUACAGUGUUUUUAAGCACCAGGCUUUUUGAGGUCUUCAAAAAAAGUUAGGAGCUGUCUCCGUUAUCAGUGCCAGGUCUUAGGGUAGGCAGGGGAUGGAGUGACUGGGGCACCAAACAUGCAAAUAGGCUGAAAGGUAUAGAAAGUGAGAAUGGUCUCUGCUGGCCCGCCUUGCAGGUUGAAGUGGUAAGUACUGAGGCCUGAAAAGGCUCCACGCGCGAGCAAGGGGCCGUCCGCUAUUAGCAAGGGUGUUGCAGUGAUGACGCCACUGCCCCGCCCGUCAAUGGUCCGGCCAGUGCGGAAAGGGAAACCCCCGGGGAGGCGGAGCCGGCGGGCAGAACGGCGCCUGCGCAGCCACUCCCGUGCGCUGCGAGCCGAGCGGAGUCACCGCGGGAAAGCCCCUCCUACUGGGUUCCCGCUGGGGUCGCGAACUGGGCUGGGUGGUCUACAGCAGACACGCCUCACUCGGGGCGUCGCGACGUCCGGGAAGCCUCUGUGCGUCAUUUCCGCUCCCGUCCCUCGCCCACCACGGAGGGGGCGGAGCCGGAGACAGGCGCUCUGCCUGUGCGUCACUUCCAUUGAGCCCAGCGGCGACAACGGGCAACAUGGCCCUGAACGGUGCAGAAGUCGACGAUUUCUCCUGGGAGCCUCCGACCGAAGCGGAGACGAAGGUGCUGCAAGCUCGGCGGGAGCGGCAGAAUCGCAUCUCCUCGCUCAUGGGCGAUUACCUGCUGCGUGGUUACCGCAUGCUGGGCGACACGUGCGCGGACUGUGGGACGAUCCUCCUCCAGAACAAACAGCGGCAGACCUACUGCGUGGCUUGUCAGGAGCUCGAUUCAGACGUGGAUAAGGAUAAUCCGGCUCUGAAUGCCCAGGCUGCCCUCUCCCAAGCUCGGGAGCACCAGCUCGCCUCUGCCUUGGAACCCGCCUCAGGCGCUCGGCCCGCCCCUCAGCCCCCAGUACCCCGCCCAGAGCACUGUGAGGGAGCUGCAGCAGGGCUCAAGGCUGCCCAGGGCCCGGCCCCUCCUGCUGUGCCUCCCAAUGCAGAUGUCAUGGCCAGCACCCAGGAGGCCCUCCUGCAGAAGCUGACCUGGGCCUCAGCUGAAUUGGGCUCUAGCACCUCCCUGGAGACUAGCAUCCAGCUGUGUAGCCUUAUCCGGGCUUGUGCGGAAGCCCUGCAAAGCCUGCAGCAGCUGCAACACUGAGAGACCCCCCCCUUGAGAAAAACCCGCUAGAAAAACA